GGGAGGGCUAGGAGGAGCUGGACUGGACCAUUUUUUUUUUUUUUUUUUUUGGCUGGAGUAGAGGGGAAGGAUAACGAAAAGGGUAAAGGGAAACCAGGGAGAGGAUGAAGUUGGCUAUAUUGUUGCGUAUACGGCGGAAGGUGGGUUAGAGUAUACGGUUUCAGAGAAACUCGAGACUACCUCUGACCUGAAACUAAUGCUCCCACAGAGAUCCUCCGGUGGUUUAGUCCGGCCUGGCCUACCGGACCUGGCCGACCGUGGUCGGCCUCAGCUCAGCUAAGCUCCCGGCACCGCCUCCUCCUGGCCCGCGCAACACGACAAGAAGUUCUUGGCCUCUACCGCAGAAUUUUCAGGCUUGCGAGGAAAUGGCAGGCGGCAUCAGGGCAGAUGGAAGACACCAUUAAAGAAAAACAGUACAUAUUAAAUGAAGCCAGAACACUGUUCCAGAAAAACAAAAAUUCAGCAAGUGUUGGAGUGCCCAUCCUGUGCCAAACACUGGACUAGACAUGGAGGAUAUAAAAUGAGCGAAACCAAGACAGGAUCCCUCAAAGAUGUUUCAGAGUUAGAUGGCAAGCAGUGUAAAAUUGCAAUUGGGCUCACAGACACAGACCAGAUUAAACAGUGCAUAGACGAAUGCACAGCCAGGAUUGAAAUUGGACUGCAUUACCAGAUUCCUUAUCCAAGGCCAAUUCAUCUGCCUCCAAUGGGCCUUACCCCACUACGAGGCCGGGGACUUCGAAGCCAGGAAAAACUGAGGAAACUUUCCAAACCAGUUUAUCUCCAGUCUCAUGAUGAGAUUUCUUAACCCUGAAGAAAAUUUAUUUCUCAGAAAGAUGAGCCAACUAGGUCUUGAAUGUAAACCAGAUGACAAAACCCUUCUGUUUGAUUAGGGGCAAAAAUUAAAGUAUCCUCUUAAAAACCUCGAAAA